CAUCGUCAGCCAGUGGCAGCAGGAGUCCAAAGAGAAGGUGGUGUCUCUCCUGCUCUCCCAUCUGCCUUUGCUUCAGCCUGGCAACACAGAGGCCAAGUCAGAGUACAUGCGGCUGCUCCAGAAAGUGCUGGCCUACUCCAUCGAGAGCAAUGUCUUCAUUGAAGAGAGCCGUCAGCUGCUCUCCUACGCCCUCAUCCACCCGGCCACCACGCUGGAGGACCGCAACGCACUGGCCCUCUGGCUGAGCCACCUGGAAGAGCGGCUGGCUAGUGGCUUCCGCCCCCGACCAGAGCCCACAUACCACUCACGUCAGGGCUCAGAUGAAUGGGGGGGACCUGCAGAGCUGGGCCCCGGAGAGGCAGGGCCAGGUUGGCAGGACAAGCCACCUCGGGAAAAUGGACAUGUACCUUUCCACCCAUCCAGUUCUGUGCCGCCAGCCAUCAACAGUAUUGGGAGCAGCGCCAACACAGGUCUCCCCUGCCAAAUCCACCCCAGCCCGCUGAAGCGCUCCAUGUCACUCAUCCCUACGAGCCCCCAGGCCCCUGGUGAGUGGCCGAGUCCAGAGGAGCUUGGGGCCCGGGCUGCUUUCUCCACGCCCGACCACGCCCCCCUCUCACCCCAGAGCAGCGUGGCCUCCUCUGGCAGUGAGCAGACGGAGGAACAGGGCUCUAGCCGGAACACUUUCCAGGAGGAUGGCAGUGGCAUGAAAGAUGUGCCCUCGUGGCUCAAGAGCCUCCGCUUGCACAAGUAUGCAGCCCUGUUCUCCCAGAUGAGCUAUGAGGAGAUGAUGACCUUGACCGAGCAGCACCUGGAGUCGCAGAAUGUCACCAAAGGGGCCCGUCACAAGAUAGCCCUGAGCAUCCAGAAGCUUCGAGAGAGGCAGAGUGUCCUCAAGUCCCUGGAGAAGGACGUGCUGGAAGGUGGGAACCUGCGGAGUGCUCUGCAGGAGCUGCAGCAGAUCAUCAUCACCCCCAUCAAGGCCUACAGCGUCCUGCAGGCCACCGUGGCCACCGCCACCGCAACCCCUACUGCCAAGGAUGGGGGCCACGGGGACCCACUGCUGCCAGGUGCUGAGCCUCCCCUGGCCCACACCGGCACAGACAAGGGCACCGAGGCCAAGGACCCACCAGCUGCAGACAGCUACCCCCCUCCACCAGCUCCAGCUCCCACUGAUGGCAGUGAGCCAGCCCCGGCUCCUGUCGCCGACGGGGACAUCCCCAGCCAGUUUACACGGGUGAUGGGCAAAGUGUGCACCCAGCUGUUGGUGUCCCGACCAGAUGAGGAAAACAUCACCAGUUACCUCCAGCUCAUCGAAAAGUGCCUGACUCAUGAGGCUUUCACAGAGACGCAGAAGAAACGGCUGCUGUCCUGGAAGCAGCAAGUGCUGAAGCUCCUGCGAACGUUCCCUCGCAAGGCCGCACUGGACAUGCAGAACUACCGGCAGCAGAAGGGCUGGGCGUUCGGCUCCAACUCUCUCCCCAUAGCUGGCUCUGUGGGGAUGGGGGUGGCCCGGCGCACCCAGCGGCAGUUCCCCAUGCCUCCUCGCGCCCUCCCGCCUGGCAGGAUGGGCCUUCUGAGCCCCUCGGGCAUAGGGGGCGUCUCCCCUCGACAUGCCCUCACCAGCCCCAGCCUCGGGGGCCAGGGCCGACAGAACCUGUGGUUUGCCAACCCUGGAGGCAGCAACAGCAUGCCCAGCCAGAGCCGAAGCUCUGUGCAGCGCACCCACUCACUCCCGGUCCACUCAUCACCCCAGGCCAUCCUCAUGUUCCCUCCAGACUGCCCAGUCCCUGGGCCUGACCUGGAGAUCAAUCCCACCCUGGAGUCUCUGUGUCUGAGCAUGACAGAACACGCCUUGGGUGAUGGGACAGACAAAACCUCCACCAUCUGACAGGACCCUCAGCCCAGCGCACCCAUGGGCUCCUGGGCGGCGGGCGGGGACAACCCCCAGCCGCCUCCUGGGCAGCAAGAGGGUGGGCUGGCUCAGCUACUCGUUCUAAUAUUUUUCUACUCUCACCCUCUUAACUUUUGUUUAACAUUGGCACACUCCUUGCUCACUCCCAGGCCCAUUGAGAGAGACUGCUGAGGCCGGGGGGUUGGGGGGGGGCACCGAGUGGGUGGCCAGGAUAGAAGGGGCAAGGACCAGCCAGACUGCCUGUCCCUCCCCUCCCCUUUCCUUUCCUCCCUACUGCAUUCCACCUGGCCCAACCCCACCCCUGCCUCCUCCAGACUGCUGAGCACUGCCCCUGCAGUAGGGCAGACUCCCUGAUGAUAGACUGACUGCCACCUUGUGAAUCUGCUCUGAACCUCACCAUGGGGGAGGGCAAGCCAGCCAGGAAGUCACUGGAGGAGCUGGGGAGAAAAGGAGGGCGAGGAGUGGAGCCUCUCUCUCCUCCCCAAUGCCUUCCCCUCCAACAUUCCCCCAGGACAGGAGCCGCCUUCUCACCUCUCACCGUGUUUGUCAGAGGUUCUCUACAAUUAAUUUCUUAGGCCUAUUUAAGAUGCAUAUUUAUAUAGUU